CGGCUUCGGCAGCGGCGGCGCGACGGGAAGCGGCGGCAGGGCGAGUUGGAUAAGGCUCCAUGUCGGAGAGACCGUACGAAUCCGUACUGAAGUCCGGAUCGUACUGCGUGUUGGCGUCGAACGACCGAUAUUCGCCAGUUUCAUUGUCUUAUCCCCUUCGGUUCUGUGGAGAAGGCUGCCCGUGGGGUCGGUUUUUGAGGGUCGGCGGGCCGAGUAGUGGUAUUUUUCGGCGGCAUUCAUGGACCAACGACCCGAGCCCACCUAGAUCCGCCGCUGGAGGAGAUGGAGCAGUGGGAGAGGGUGUUGGUGCGGCAGUGGCGGCAGUGGCAGCAGGCAGAAACUUGGAGGAUUGGAGAGGUCUCAGUAUCCCACAAGGUCUUUACAAGUGCUCCCCUACCAAUCUUCAAGCCAUUCGGGCGUGUUAGUCACAUCAUCAUCAGAAUGGGUUUCCAGGUGUAGA